AUGGAUCAGACUUAUGACAAAUAUUUCUUAGUUACAGGAGGUGCAGGAUUUAUUGGCUCACAUUUUCUAAACACAUUUGUGCCAAAAUACAAGAAUUAUCAUUUUUUAUGUAUUGAUAGAUUAAGCUAUGCAAGCAAUUAUGGAUAUAUUGAAAAUUUAGAGAAAUUCAAGAACUAUAAGUUCAUUAAAUUAGAUUUGAGUACAGUAGAAGUUCCGGAUCUACUUGAGUUAUUCAAGAAAUAUAAAACUUCAUACAUCAUCAACUUUGCUGCUGAAACAUCAGUGGACAGGUCUUUCAAAGACCCUUUAUUAUUUACAAAGAAUAAUAUACUAUCAACUCAAAACUUGUUAGAAUGUACGAGGUUAUUAAGAUAUCAAAUUGAUCUUUUUUUUCAUGUUUCCACUGAUGAAGUAUAUGGUAAUGGAAGACUCCAUGCAAACGAAGUAUCAACAACAUUAGAGCCUACAAAUCCAUACGCUGCUACAAAGGCAUCUAUUGAUUUAAUUUUAAAUGCUUAUCUGACUUCAUAUCUAUUACCAAUUAUGAUAAUAAGGUCAAACAAUAUUUAUGGGCCGGGUCAAAAUCCUGAAAAAUUGAUUCCAUUAUGUAUUGAAAAUGGUCUAGCUAGUAGACCAAUCCCAAUUCAUGGUAAUGGAGAAAAUAUUAGAGUAUUUUUGUACAUCACUGAUAUCUUGGAUGCUGUUGACUUACACUCAAAAUAUAGUUAUGAAUCUAUAUAUAACAUUGGAGUACGUGAUCCAGAAUAUAUAUAUUAUCUUGAAAAUAAUAUAGACUUGGUUAAGCUAAUUGGUGAAAUUUUCGAGUUUGAACCUCAAAUUGAAUUUGUUAAAGAUAGAUUAUAUAAUGACUUUUCUUAUUCAUUAGAUUGUUCAAGAAUAUAUGAAAUGGGAUGGAGACCUAAAGUGGAAUUAAGAGAAGGGUUGGAAAAAUUGAGAGACUAUUACAUAGUCCAAUAG